CUGGAACCAGAACUGAAGACCAUCGAACCCCAGACCUCCAUCGAGAUCCAGGGUCUGGAGGCGGCCACUGUCUACGAGGUGUCCGGCCGCUGCCGAGUGGAGACAGAAGAGGAUUUGUGGGGCGAGUGGAGUCCUCCUCUGUCCUUCCAGACGCCGCCUUCCGCUCCAAAAGAUGUGUGGGUGUCAGGGAACCUCUGUGGGACGCCAGGUGGACAGGAGCCCCUGCUGCUUUGGAAGACCCUGGGGCGCUGUGUGCAGGUGAGUUACACAGCAUGGUUCCAGGUGGAAGGGCAGGAAGUGAGGCUUGCAGAGGACUCCUGCUGCAGCUGUCCUGUGCCCGCCCGGGCGGAGUGGGCCAGGGUGUCUGCAGUCAAUGCCACGAGCUGGGAGCCGUUCACUCACCUCUCCCUGGUCUGCUUGGAUCCAGCCUCUGGCCCCCACAACGUGUCAGUUGGCAGCAUGACGGAGGGCACAGGGCUGCUGGUGACCUGGCAGCCGGGGCCCGGGGAGCCACGGGAGCAUGUGGUGGACUGGGCUCAAGAUGGGGACCCCCUAGAGGAACUCAACUGGACCCGGCUUCCCCCUGGGAACCUCAGGGCUCUGUUACCAGCAGACCUUGACUCACCGGCUUCUUCACCAGAACCCCUGGAGGGGCCGGUGCUUUGGCGACUCCCAGAUGACCCCCCAGGGACCCCUGCCGUGGCGUGGGAGGAGGUACCAAGGCGCCAGCUCCGGGGCCACCUCACCCACUACACCUUGUGUGCUCGGAGCGGGACCAGGACCCCUGUCUGCAUGAACGUGAGUGGCAGCACCCGGAAUGUCACCCUGCCUGACCUUCACUGGGGUCCCUGUGAGCUGUGGGUGAUGGCGUCCACCAUCGUAGGACGGGGCCCACCCGGUCCCAGCCUCCGGCUGCACCUUCCAGAUAACACCCUGCGGUGGAAAGUUCUGCCUGGUAUCCUCUUCCUGUGGGGCUUGCUCCUGAUGUGCUGCGGCCUGAGCCUGGCCACCUCCAGAAGGUGCCUUCACCUGUGGCACAAGGUGUUGCCCCGCUGGGUCUGGGAGAAGGUUCCGAAUCCCGCCAACAGCAAGUCCAGCCAGCCCCACAUGGAGGAGGUGCCACAGGCCCAGCCCCUCGGGGACCUGCCCAUCCUGGAAGUGGAGGAGAUAGAACCGCCGCCAGCCGCAGCCCCCCCGGCCUCCACCCCCCUGGACUCUGGGUAUGAGAAACACUUUCUGCCCACCCCUGAGGAGCUGGGCCUCCUGGGCCCCCCCCGGCCCCAGGUUCUGGCCUGA